AUGAGCUCAAACGUCGAUAACACCCUUAACGAGGCUGGUGAUAGAUUCCAUGAAGGAAAGGAGAACAGCCAUCUUGCACUCGAUUCCAAGGAUGAGAGAUCUAUUGCAAAUAAGUUAGCUCGUGAAGGGCAACGUGAGAAUGAGCCCGAGGAGAUGAGCAAGGAGGAUAGAGCCGCCAAGCAAGAUGCUACUCUCCCAGCCAAGAUGCACGGCAAUGAACCCAGCAGAGGUGCCACGAUCGACCAGCAAUUAAGAGAUGAGGAGGAAGCUGAGUUGAAGAGAAAGGGAAAGGCUUAA